CUCAACAAUCGAACUCCACAUUCAUAUCCCUUCUUCAACCUCACCCUUUUUCUUUACAGCUAUUUUUCAUCUCUUCAAAAAAUAUCCACAAUGACAGAGCUUACCCGUGAUAACCAUGUCUACCUCGCCAAGCUCGCAGAGCAGGCAGAACGCUAUGAAGAGAUGGUCAAGAACAUGAAAGAGGUUGCUUUUGCUAACACGGAAUUGUCAGUUGAGGAACGCAACUUGCUUUCUGUUGCCUACAAGAACGUGAUUGGCGCUCGUCGUGCCUCCUGGCGUAUUGUAUCGUCGAUUGAGCAAAAAGAGGAGUCCAAGGGCUCAGAGAGCAAUGUUGCCAUGAUCAAGACUUACCGCGCCAAGAUUGAGGAGGAACUCGCUGAGAUUUGCAAUGACAUCCUUGAUGUGUUGUCUAAGAACUUGAUCCCUGCAGCUGUUUCAGGAGAGUCAAAGGUUUUCUACCAUAAGAUGAUGGGUGAUUAUCACCGUUACUUGGCCGAAUUCGCCACUGGCGACAAACGCAAGGAGGCUUCUGACAAGUCUUUAGAGGCAUACAAGGCAGCUGGUGAGGUUGCCAUCACUGAGCUCCCUCCUACCCAUCCUAUUCGCCUUGGUUUGGCACUCAAUUUCUCUGUAUUCUACUACGAGAUUUUGAACUCUCCUGAUCGCGCUUGUCACUUGGCUAAGCAAGCCUUCGAUGAUGCUAUUGCCGAGUUGGAUACCCUCAGCGAGGAGAGCUACAAGGAUUCAACUUUGAUCAUGCAACUUUUGAGAGACAACUUGACUCUUUGGACUUCGGAUAUGCAAGAAGCCAACUCUAACCAGCCUGAGGGCACCGAGGCUGCUCCUGAACCAGAAGCCUAAGUUCAUUCGCCUUUUCUCAUUUCCAAGCUUGAAUCCAUAUCAUUUGUCCAGAUCAAACACCUAGCUAAUAAAAGAAAUAAAAAAAUCGCUCCUCCUUAAUCAUGGCGAGUAGCUAUAUAUAUAAAAUUGACAAUCGCUACCUCCCUGGAUCAAGUAAUGUUUCAAUUCAGGUAUCUCCCAACGCAUCGAUAGAACAACCUUAUGCUGGAGUUCGAUAGCUUCGAGUAACAGUGGUGUUAACUUGG